AUGGUUGAUGUUUUCGCUUCGCACGGGCUACAACGGAUUGUAGUCGGAGUUGGAUUGUUCGACCGAUCCAGCCCGGGAAAAGCUGGAGGCAUCUGUCAAAACGGCCUGGGCAAGCGUAGCUUUGUGGAAGCACAGGUACCUGAAAGAAAGGAGACUGCGGGAAGCAGCGGCAAAGAUGGUGGAUUCUCAGAACAACCAUCACUGCGUGACGUAGGCGACUACAUCAAGCUCAAGAAAUUUUACGCUGCCGCUCUGGAGGCCUGUUCCAUCAAGGACGAAGAAGCGCGCCAACUACGCCAGAAGAUGUCCGCUCUGAUUGGUGAGGUCGAAGGAAUAACGAGGCUUGUGGCUACUGGCGCACGAGCACACGCCAACACAAAGGUUGUGCAGCUUCUCGAGCACCAAGAGGACUUGGAGAUGGAGAAAUCUGUUUUACAAAUGAGGACUCAGAGGCUUGUGAAUGAACUGGAGAACCUGCGUCCACUUUGUAAGGAAUACGCGGCCAAAGCCUGCAGCCAAACCCUCACCAACAACCCUCGUAGUCAGUAUGAAGAAGCCGUGGGGAAGCUUCGUCUGAAGUUGGAGUUACAACACGUAGCUUCUGAAGUUGAUAAAAUGAGACAGGAGUUGACUCUAAGAGACAUGGAGAUUAACUCGUAUAAGGAGAGGAUGGCACAACUCCGCGAGCACAGUCUACAGCAGGAGCAGCUCCUGACGGCCAGAACCACCGAACUGGAGUGCUGCAAGUCGAGAGAGCUGGAGCUGCGCAGGUCCUUUGCUCAGAGGCUUCAGUCGCUUGAAAUGACUCUCAACGCCAGUCAGUGUGCUUUCGCUAGUCGUGAAAAGGAGCUGCUACGACAACUCGCUGCAGCAGAAAAGCGUGGACAGUGCUUGGCAGCAAACACGAAAUAA